GUUUCUGGUUGCAAACAUGCUCAUGUUCUUCCUGCUGCUACAUCGACAACUUUUAAUUUACAACUCAACUCUUAUCUGCUUUGUGGAGUGUUCUGUUUCAGGUAGAAGCCAAUACUGUUUUCUAAAUUGUGCAUGCGCUAUUACAUGCGUUAGCUCGUGCCUUGUUUUCUUUCAUUUUGGUACACAAAUGGAUGAACAUCUUUUUCUGCUUCACCAUCACCGUAAUUUGGACUUUUCCCCCUAUGCUGAUGAAUUGUCAGCAGGAAGCAGCCAAACAUCCAGUAUAAGUAGCCAUCCACUCUGACUGCAGACUAGAGGAAGUGCCAAAGUGAAGCUACUUAACACACCAACCUGAACUCACAAGUAGCCCCUGCACACAAGAACCACAUCACUGCGGUCGAUCCUUCUCAAUGGACUUAGACAUGGCAAUGGCUAUGAUCCAAGAAGAAGAGCUCAUGCACAUCAUCUCACAACUCGACGGUGCACUGGCAAACCUGCCUUCUCCAUCCACAUCGCCUGAGCUACCAGCUCCAGUUCUAUCACACCCAUUCCUUGGCACUACGCCUUCUCCAGUUGAGUCAACGCCGGUGGCGCCACCGGCCACCAUCACCUCGGAGCACGCCACGGCGCGCGAGACGGUGUACUGCGCUGCGCAAGCGACGGGAGAGCAGCUGGUGCCGGUCGGUACGGACGUCAUGGAGGCGGCGCGGCCCCGGCCGCGGCCGCGGCUGCGCAGCGUGCACGUCUCGAGCGCGCCGCAGAGCGUGGCGGCGAGGCUGCGGCGGGAGCGCGUGAGCCAGCGCAUGCGCACCCUGCAGCAGCUCGUGCCCGGCGGCUCGAGGCUCGACACGGUAUCCAUGCUGGAGGAGGCCAUCCGCUACGUCAAGUUCCUCAAGAGCCACGUCCGGUCGCUGGAGCAAGCCGCGAUGCACGGCCGCGUCGACGUCGUUAUCGAUGGGGGACGCUUCUACCGCUGCCUUUUCUUGCCUAGAUGCAUGGGGAGAUCAGAUGAAAACUGAAAUACUUGUACGUGUACGUCUACAUUGUUCAUAGGGUCGAGUCGACGGUUGUAGUGCAAGUACUUGUGAUGGAACGUAGAUCCUUGUGACAGGGCGCAGGAUAUACGCUCUCCGUAAACGGAUGGAUAGUGCGAUUGACUGAUAAUUAUAUAACGUUCGAUGUAAUGGUAAUGCACGGUUAAUCGUGCAAAUAAACUUGCACAUCCCGUUCAUCACUCUUCG